GUGGCGAUCGUGGUGACGGAUGGGCGUCCCCAGGAUGGAGUGCAGGACGUGGCAGCGAGGGCCAGAGCAGCUGGCAUCGAGCUCUUUGCCAUCGGGGUGGGCCGGGUGGACAUGCACACGCUGAGGCACAUCGCCAGCCAGCCCCUCGACGACCACGUCGACUACGUGGAGAGCUACAGCGUUAUAGAGAAGCUGACCCACAAGUUUCAAGAAGCUUUCUGUGUGGUGUCAGACCUGUGUGCCACUGGGGACCACGACUGCGAGCAGAUCUGUGUCAGCAGCCCAGGAGCCUACACGUGUGCUUGCAAAGAGGGCUUCACGCUGAACAGCGAUGGGAAGACCUGCAGUGCUUGCAGUGGUGGGUUAGGAUCUGCUCUGGAUCUCGUUUUCCUGAUCGAUGGCUCCAAGAGCGUGCGGCCUGAGAACUUUGAGCUGGUGAAGAAAUUCAUCAACCAAAUUGUGGACUCGCUGGAGGUGUCAGACAAACAGGCUCAAGUUGGCCUGGUUCAGUACUCCAGUUCUGUCAGACAGGAGUUUCCACUGGGGCAGUUCAAGAACAAGAAGGAUAUCAAAGCAGCAGUCAAGAAAAUGGCCUACAUGGAGAAAGGAACCAUGACGGGCCAGGCUCUGAAGUACCUCAUUGACAGUUCCUUUUCCAUCAUCAAUGGAGCUAGGCCUGGGGUGCCCAAGGUGGGCAUAGUCUUCACUGAUGGACGGUCACAAGAUUACAUCACUGAUGCUGCUAAGAAAGCCAAAGACUUAGGCUUUAGGAUGUUUGCUGUGGGAGUUGGCAACGCAGUGGAGGAUGAGCUGAGGGAAAUUGCUUCAGAACCAGUAGCUGAGCACUACUUCUACACAGCUGACUUCAGAACCAUCAGCAAGAUCGGGAAGAAGCUACAAAUGAAAAUCUGCGUUGAGGAAGAUCCAUGUGAAUGUAAAUCUAUCGUGAAGUUUCAGACAAAAGUAGAAGACCUCAUAAAUUCAUUGCAGCAGAAAUUGGACGCUGUGGCAAAAAGGAUCGAAGCCCUGGAGAACAAGGUCAUCUAAGAUCCCAAACCAACUUUAGUUCCCUCUUUUCCUAAUGUAACACAACCAGAACUCCUUCACUUGUAACAGAGGGCAGCUCAGCCACAGUGCUAUGGCCAGCUUGUAUUAUGUUUUAAAGAGUCUAGUCUACCAGAAUUUGUUUAAAAGGGAAGAAGUAAAACAGUAGAGCAGAUAUUGUAUAAUGGGCAGAGCACUGUGGGUGACCAAGAGCUAGACCAUGCUAAUGUUUGUGGCAUCGUAUAGAGUGCUUAUAU